AUGGGAAUGUGUGUGGCCAAGUUCAUCUCUCAGCAUCGUGUCUACUCACUGAGCCCUGGAUAUGGAAAGAGCGCAGGACCCAGAUUUGCUGAGACCGUGGCCAAACCUUUGCUGUCUGACAAACUCGAUGUGGCUGAAAUUGAGAAAUAUGAUAAGCCGAAACUGAAGAAGACAGAAACACAAGAGGAAAAUCCACUGCCUUCAAAAGAAAUGAUCCAAGAGGAGAAGCAAGCAGGCGAAUCAUAA